AUGGAACAAGGAACAAAAAGAAUUCGAUUCUCCGUUGUGGCCGCCGACGGCCUAGCCAAGAGAGAUCUUUUUCGUCAACCGGAUCCCUUUGCAAUUAUAACUGUCGAUGGAGAACAGACACAUACGACGAGGGUAGUAAAAAAGUCUACGAAUCCGUAUUGGAAUGAAGGGUUUGAUAUUAAUGUUAAACCUUCCAGCGGAGUUCUAAUACGACUGUUUGAUCAGAAAAAAUUCAAGAAAAAAGAUCAAGGAUUUCUUGGCCUUAUUUCGUUUCAAGUCCAGGAUGUAUUAAACUUGCGAUCCUCUCGGGAAUCUACGUUCACUCGACCGCUAAAACGGUCUAGCAGCAGCAGUCUUUCAGUCAGUGGAAAUUUGGCCAUGAAAAUUGGGCCUUCGAAAACAAGGGGCGCUGCUGCUAAUGGUACAAAUGCUUCUGCAAAUAGUACUUCAAGAACUUCAAAUGCUGCUUCGGCGCAGUCGACUGCGCAAGGAUCUUCAGCAUCGAAUGUCGCUGCCGCUUCAGCUCCUCAAAAUAUUACAAGUAACGGUACUUCUACGUCAUCCAGAAGUCCGCCAAAUGCAAACGGAAGCAGUAUAUUGUCUUCCUUCGAAGAUCAAUACGGUCGACUGCCUCCUGGUUGGGAGCGUCGUGCCGAUUCGUUAGGCAGAACGUAUUACGUCGAUCACAAUAGUCGUACAACAACUUGGAAUCGUCCCGCCAUGAAUGCCGGCAAUCAAUCAUCUAUGAACACCGAAUCACAUCGUUUGCAACAUCAAAAUCGGUCUCUUCCGGAUGACUCGUCUACAAUCAAUGUAUCCAGUAAUGAUUUACCUGCAGGUUGGGAACAACGAUUUACCAAUACUGGUCGACCCUAUUUCGUGGAUCACAACACGCGAACUACUACAUGGGUGGAUCCUAGAAACCAACUUCUUCGUCCAGCCGGAAACCCAUCACCUGGUCUAGGUAACUUAAUGCAACCUCAAUCCCUUUCCCACCUAGGUCCUUUACCAAGUGGAUGGGAAAUGCGUCUCACAAAUUCUGCCCGAGUUUACUUUGUUGACCAUAAUACAAAAACCACCACAUGGGAUGACCCACGGCUUCCAUCAGCUUUGGACCAAAAUGUGCCUAAAUAUAAGUGUGAUUUCAGAAGAAAACUUAUUUAUUUUCGCUCCCAGAUUGGUAUGCGACCUCUUCCUGGACAGUGUAACAUUAAAGUUAGAAGAGAUCACAUAUUUGAAGACUCUUAUGCAGAGAUUAUGCGCAAUUCUGCUCAUGAUCUCAAGAAAAGACUUAUGAUUCGGUUUGAAGGUGAAGAUGGUCUUGAUUAUGGUGGAUUAUCUAGAGAGUUUUUCUUCUUAUUGUCACACAAAAUGUUUGAUCCUAUUUAUUGCUUGUUUGAAUACUCUGCCGUUGACAACUACACGCUUCAAAUAAAUCCUCAUUCAGGAAUUAAUCCCGAGCAUCUUAAUUAUUUUCGGUUUAUUGGUAGAGUAAUUGGUUUAGCCAUUUUUCAUCGACGAUUCCUUGAUGCCUUUUUUGUCGUCAGUCUUUACAAAAAGCUCUUACAGAAAAAGGUUACGCUUGCUGAUAUGGAAAGUAUUGAUGCUGAUUUUUAUCGUAGUUUGAAAUGGGUAUUGGAAAACGAUAUUACGGGCAUUCUCGAUCUUACUUUUUCUGUUGAGGAAGAUCAUUUCGGAGAAGUAAGGACAAUUGAAUUAAAGCCUGACGGUGAAAAUAUUGAGGUUACUGAAGAAAAUAAAAAAGAAUAUGUCGAUUUAGUAACUGAAUGGAGGAUAUCCAGGCGCGUAGAAAAUCAAUUUAAUGCCUUCUACGCUGGUUUCGUGGAACUUGUGCCUCCAGAUUUAGUCAGCGUAUUCGACGAACGCGAGUUAGAACUAUUGAUUGGCGGUAUAUCAGACGUUGAUAUCGGUGACUGGAAGAGCCAUACUGAGUAUCGGACUUAUUCCUCGUCUGACCAAGUUGUUAAGUGGUUCUGGGAGAUUAUUUCACAUUGGAAGAAUGAGGAACGUUCAAUGUUGUUGCAGUUUGCGACUGGAACAUCUAGGAUUCCCGUGAAUGGUUUUAGAGAUUUACAGGGAAGUGAUGGUCCUCGUAAAUUUACUAUUGAGAAAGCUGGAUCACCGGACCAGCUUCCUGUUGCACAUACAUGUUUCAACAGGCUUGAUUUACCCGAAUAUCCAACAAAAGCCAAACUUGAAGGUAAGUUGAGCUUGGCUAUAGAAAAUACAGUUGGAUUUGGGAAUGAGUAA